ACACAUGCACCUAUUGUUGUUAUUAGCAGUGUGAUCUUAAUGAAAUCUGUGUUUUAUUGGAAUUGGCAAUUGGACAAUAUUAUAAGCCUUUCUGGACAUUUCCAACGUUUUAACAUUAGGCUAGACAUUUUUUAAUACCAAUGGAUAAUUUUGCUGAUAUGAGUGAAGAUGAAUUAACAGACUAUGUACUUCAGCUGAGUAUUCAAGAAUCUUGCCAAGAUGCAUUCUUAUCAUCAAAAGACAGUUCAAACGCAUCAAGUAAUAAUGAAAAUGUCAAACUUCUGGCCGCCAUUAAGACAGGUGAUGUCUCGGGGGUGCAGGAGGUACAGAAGUCCCCCUCUGCGUUCCUGGAGGCGGACGGCCAAGGCUGGUUGCCACUCCAUUGGGCAGCCAUUCAGCCAAUCGCAAAGGUGCUAGAGGCCGUGCUCAACACAUCAUGUGGUCCUAAGCUUCAGAAGGAAACAAAUGGGGGAGAGACAUGUCUAACUCUUGCUGUGGAGGCAGAGCUGGAGGAGAAUGUGAGAGUUCUGUUGGAGUAUGGCGCGUGCCCUUACAUCACCAACAGCAAGAAUGAGUCUGCUCUUUUGCUAGCGGUGAGAAAGGGAGCCCAUGGGAUCGUCCACUUGCUACUCAGCUACGGAGCGCCGGCCAAUCAGAUCUGUGACAAGAAAUGGACUGCGCUGCACGAGGCUGCCCAGAAGGGCCACGCUGACAUCAUCACCCUGCUACUCAGGUGGGCGGGACAGGAGGCCCUCAGGGACGAGCACGGAGUCACCCCGCUGGGCAUCGCUGCAGAGAACGGCCACGAGGAAAUCAUGCAGAUACUCAUUGACAAUGGUGCCGACGUAAAUGCGCAGGCUUACAAUGGAGAGAGUGUAAUGAUGGAAGCAGCCAGGUCAGGCAACCCAGACUGCAUCAGGCUUCUCCUGGCGAAAGGUGGCGACCCAAACCUGCCCAACGUUACUGGUUACCUUCCCAUUCACCGUGCAGCCAUUGAAGGACAUUACCUCGCCCUGAAAACUCUGAUAGCCGUGACAUCUAGGUUGGCUAUCCGGCUGUCUGGCCAGAGCCCAGUACACUCCGCAGCCCAGGGCAGCCACGCAGAGUGCCUGGAGCUUCUCAUCAACUACAGCUUCGAUGUUAACAGAACCCUGAGCGAUGAGAUCUCAGAAAACUACAGCGACAUGCGGCGAAGCGCCCUCUACUUUUCCGUCUCCAACGGUGAUGUCACCUGCACAGAGAUGCUGCUGAACGCUGGAGCCAAGACCAACUUGGACCCCUUGAGCUGUCUGCUGGUGGCUGUGAGGGCUGGGAGGUAUGAGAUCGUCAAGCUGCUCCUGGCCAAGAGGGCGGAUGUGAACUGCUACUUCACGGUGGUGAACGACACGGUUUUCCCCACCGCUCUGCAGUACUGCCUCCAGGACGAGGUCAUGAUGAGACUACUGCUCAACAACGGCUACCAGGCCGAGAAGUGCUUCAGUUGUCACCAUGACGACACCUUGGAUAUGACCUGCAAAUGGAAGCUGCAGCAGGGCCAAAGGGAUGGUGAUGAAAGCAAAUUGCAUUUCUGUGAGAUCAUUGGCUUGGCCUGCUUGGCGCACCUGAGUGGGAGGGUGGUGCAGGUGCUGCUGGACUAUGUCGGUAAGGUCCACCUGUGUUCUCACCUGAGACGCACACUGAGGAAGCAGAGCGAGUGGGGACACAUACGGCAGCUCAUGUAUCAAGAUCAAGUUCAUGUCAAGGUCAAGUUUUGUUGUUUGUGGGCCUGCCGUGGCCUUACGGUAGGGCACUGGGUUACUAUUCCGGCCAUUUGCCAAUCCUUCCCCCUCUCUCGCUGCUGCAACAUCAUCCCCACUCAUUUCCUGUCUCUCCUUCACUGCCCUGUCAAAAAUAAUGGUAAAAAAAGCCCUAAAAAAUAUAUUUGGAAAAAGUUUUUGUUGUUUGUUUGUUUGUUUCAGUUCGUACGUAGCCUACCAAUGAGGAGAGACCUUGUGUGUCACAUAGUGUCACUGCCACAUAUUAUUACAAAUUGUGUACGUGUGCACACUCAAGACAAGCAAUGCUGUUAAUAAACUCUUUCACCUGGCUGAAGAGCUGCUUACAUUAAAACCAGUUGAUGUAGUGAGUGACGUCGUAGCCUACUGUCAAUGCCACAUCAUUCACUACAUCAAAAUAUGUAUCGCACUGGUCAGGUGGCACUGACCCCCAGGUCACUGAUAAUGAUUGAUUGAAUGUAAUGUAUGCUUUAUUAUAUAGCAUUAUAUAUCAUUAUUUUAUAUAC